AUGGGUUCAGGCAGGGGAUCGUCUGGGCCAUCAUUGUCCCUCAAGACGUCUAACAAACUUAAACGUAAACAGCUCUACGUCCAACAGAAGAAGGCCACCGGGAAGGCCCGCCACGAAGAGCGACAUCGACGACGCAAGGAAGAGGCCAAGGACCCGGAAUUGAGGAGGAAGCGGCUCGAACAGAAUCAACCUUUGACCCUCGAUAAAAAGAGGAUAUGGGACGAUGUCGAUGAUGAUAGCCUUGGGACUGUGGUGGAUGUCGCUCAGUUGAAGCUCCGGCGUCUGCAGGAGGCCGAGGCCGCAUCAGCAGCGGAAGAGGAUGCGGUGAUGGAGGAAGCCGUUGAGAAGGACGAUGAUGUCGACAGCAUGCUUGGAUCCGACGACGAUGGGAACGAAGACCAAGAUGAGGAAGAACGCCGGGCGAAGGCUCAAAGGGAGCGGGCACAAAGGCAACCCAGCAUCGCUCCGUCGACAGUGUCCACGAACCUCGACAUCACACCGGAUUCUUUGGCUAGCCAGUUCAGGUAUCUAUUCAGCGACGAACCACCGGUGAUGCCCAAAAUUCUGGUUACUACCGGGCUCAAUGGGACGAUUCACAAGGAGGCGCAAGAGAUCGCCUCUGUUUUCCCCAAUGGCCGGUUAGCCACCUACAUCCCACGCAGUGCACAUCGGUAUGGUCACAAGUACAGCGUGCGGGAGAUUGCAAAAUUCGCGAAGAACCGCGCGUACACGGCAUUACUGGUGGUGCAUGAAGACCAGAAGAGGCCAAGCCAGCUCAGUAUUUGCCAUCUGAACGGAGAGGAUGCGCCACCUGGUCCGACGCUCACCUACACUAUCCGGAACUACCAGCCGGGGAAGGUCAUCCCUGGGCACGGCAAUGCCACCAACCACUACCCGGAACUCCUCCUUAACGGCUUCAAGACUCCGCUGGGCCUGCUGGCGGCCAAGUCGAUGAACACUUUGUUCCCCCCGAAGCCUGAGUUGCAAGGCCGGCAGGUUUUGACCCUGCACAAUCAGCGCGAUUACAUCUUCUUCCGCCGCCACCGGUACGUCUUUCGGGAGGCUCGGCCGACCGAGAAGAACGUCGUGGGUGCGGAUGGCAAGGAGAUGGAGGGUGUCAAGGGGAUCCGCGCCGGCCUGCAGGAGAUUGGUCCGAGAAUGACCCUGAAGCUCCGCAGAGUGGACAAGGGCAUAGGACGGGCUGGCAGCGAGGGCGAGGAUGCGCUGAAGUGGGAGUGGAAGGCAAAAAUGGAGAAGAAGCGGACACGCUUCAACCUAUAA